AUGCUCCCCGUUCAAGAUCCGACCUACCUGGUCGCGCCCAACUGGACGUACCGCCCAGGCGGCCCGAUCGCCCUCGGAAACAUUGUCCUCGAUCCCUUUCGCCCCCAGCAUGUCCUUUCCAAGCCGACCAAGCCGCUGCCCGAGACGGAGACGGCGAUAGAGUACAACUGGUCGCUCGCGACGGAAGAGCUCCGGAGCACAAACGUGAGCAUCUGGACUCGCAUGUUUGACCAGCUCAAUGUGAAGCUGGGCCCGAGACGUAACAGGGGCGAGAAGAUUGAAUUUCAUAUGAAGGCGCUGGAGACGGUAUACUUCCGAGAGCUGCCCUCGAUGGAGGAGAUCCAGGAGCGAGUAAACGAGGAGAGAGUCCGCAGCAUACUGAGCCCCAGCAGCGUGUUCCGCUACCCAGUGUACAUGGUGACUGGCGUGAAGAUCGCAAGGGGAUUCCAGCUGAUUCACGAGGGCACAGCGCAAUACAUGUGCAAUAUCAAAGCAACUGAUACCGUGGCCCCGCAGCUGGCUGUCGGAGCCAGUAUCGGCAUGGCCUCAACGACGAGCAGGUCGGAUGCCUUCCAGUCCGGUAAUGAGAUCAUCUUUGCAUAUCAGCUCAUGAUCAUCAAGCCGAAGGGCUGGGGCAAGAGCAUGGCGUACCAGUUGGAUGACUUUCGCCACAAGGCGGCUUUGCUGGUGGAUGAUGAUCAUGCUGAAGAAGAGGAAGAAAAUGUGGAAGUUGAAAUUAGCACUGGAACAGACGAGAACAUUGCUGCAGUUCAGAAGGGGAUAGUUCCUUUGAACCCCGAUAAUAAGCAGCAUGCAUGGGUGUUUCAGGCUGUGUGA